AUGAACGCGGCGGUGGUGAAGCGGACGCAGGAGGCUCUGGGGAGGGUGAUUCGGAGGCCGCCGCUGACGGAGAAGCUGCUGAGCAAGCCCCCGUUCCGCUACCUGCACGACAUCAUCACUGAGGUGAUUCGGAUGACUGGCUUCAUGAAGGGCCUGUACACGGACGCCGAGAUGAAGUCAGAUAAUGUGAAGGAUAAAGACGCAAAAAUUAGCUUCCUUCAGAAGGCCAUAGACGUAGUGGUGAUGGUCACGGGAGAGCCGUUGUCGGCAAAGCCAGCCCGGAUCGUGGCGGGGCACGAGCCUGAGAGAACAAACGAACUGCUCCAGAGAAUUGGAAAGUGCUGCCUCAGCAAGGUGUCCAGCGAUGAUGCGGUGAAGAGAGUGCUAGCCGGAGAGAAGGAUGUGAAGGGAAGGGCCUCACUGACGUCGAAACCUCAGGAACCGGACAACAGGAAUGUGAGAGAAGAGGAGCCCAGGGUUCCUAAAGAUGAAGAGGCUAGAAGAAAUUCUGAAAUAAAUGAGGGAAGUACAAGCAGAGAUCGCAAACAAAAUGAAGACUUGAAAGAAGAAAGCAAACAGAGGGAAAAAGAAAGAGACAAGGAGAAGACCAAGGAGAAUGACCGUGAUCGACAUAAAGACUCUGAGAGAGACAAGGGCCGAGAAGGGGAGAGAGAGAGGACCAGAACCAGGGCCCGGCCUGACAGGGACAGAGACAGAGGCAACAGGGACCGGGACAAGGAUUUGGACCGUGCGAGAGAGAGGAAAAACGAGGGAGGAAAAGAAAAGGAGCGGUGGAAAGACAGGGAGAAGGAUCGUGAGCGAGACAAAGGCAGGGACAGGGAUAGGGACAGGCGGAGGGUGAAAAACGGGGAGCAUGCACGGGACCCUGUCAAGGAAAAGAGCCGAGAGCAUGAUAAACCGGAGAAGAAGUCAUCAAGUUCCGGGGAGGUGACUAAAAAGUUGUCAGAUGGAUCUUUUAAAGACUCCAAAGCUGAAGCAGAGACUGAGGUUUCCAGUAGAACAUCCAGAUCAAUGGCAACAAAGACAUCAAAACGGCGAUCUAAAACCUCCAUGGAAGGACCGACAGAAGCUAAUACUAACUCAGCUAGUGUUUCAGAUGGUAACCCAUCUAGUCUGUGGAGGGACAACCCCGAGCCAGAACCAGCAGUGAAGCAGAAAGGUGAUUCCCCUAAUGUUCCAGAAGGAGAAGUGGGACCCGUCGGCCAGGAGAAGUCAGAGGUGCCUGAGAACCCUGAGGUCCCCCCCGAGCUCCCGUCUGGCGCCAGAAGAAUUCCUCGGCCUGGGAGUGCCAGGCCAGCGCCUCCCCGAGUGAAACGACAAGACAGUGCGGAGGUGUUAACAGCGGACAGGACAGGAAGUGGUCAGACGGUCUCCAAUGUGAUUGUCGAUUUGCAGAACUCUGAGAACGAAGAGGACGACCAGUUCGUGGUGGAGGCUGCGCCCCCGCUCUCUGAGGUCUCAGAACUCGAAAUGGUACACGCAGUGGAAUUGGAGGAAGAUGAGAAGCACGGAGGACUGGUCAAAAAGAUUCUGGAGACAAAGAAAGAUUAUGAGAAGCUGCAGCUGUCACCCAGACCUGGAGAGAAGGAGAGGUCCCUUGCCUUGGAGUCAGCGUGGAAGAAGGAGAAGGACAUCGUUUCCAAAGAGAUAGAAAAGCUCCGCCUGUCCAUCCAGACGCUGUGCAAGAGUGCGCUGCCCCUGGGCAAAAUCAUGGACUACCUCCAGGAGGAUGCGGACGCCAUGCAGAACGAGCUGCAGCUGUGGCAUCAUGAGAACCAGCAGCAUGCUGAGGCCCUGCAGAAGGAGCAGAGUAUCACGGACAGUGCCGUGGAGCCCUUGAAGGUGGAGCUGGCGGAGCUGGAGCAGCUGAUUAAAGACCAGCAGGACAAGAUCUGUGCUGUGAAGGCCAACAUCCUGAAGAACGAGGAGAAAAUUCAGAAAAUGGUGUACAGUAUCAAUCUAAGUUCAAGAAGGUGA